ACACAUUGCUCUGGACAGCAUAGAAGAGGAGGCGUAGGACUGGUGAGGCAUUACUUGUCAGAUAUCCAUUUGGAAAUGACGGGCAGCCGAUGGAGACGCAUGACGCACUUCAGCUGAUCAUUUGAUACCAAGAAAAUCUUUCAGCACUCUCAGAAGAUGGAGACCUGUCAAGAUGACCUGCUGCAGCAGCAGCUUAGAAAACUUUCUCUAUCUGAGCAGGAAGCAAAAAUGAAGGUGGAGGAGCGUGAAGCUCAGAUACAGGAGCUCCAGGACACGAUCACAGAGCUCCAUCAGGAGAUGUCUCUGAAGGACCAGGACAAACUCGGGCAGCUUCAGCAGCUUGUCCUGCUCGAAACCAGGGUCAAGGAGCUCACACAGGAGUUACAGAAGUCGGCACAGACCAUCGCUCAGCUCAGACACGAGGCCAGAGAGAACCCCGCGAGCAACAGUGUGUUCCACAGAGAGAUGUCCAGUGAUCAAACAGCAGCACGGGGACUAGAACUUUUGAAGAGUGAGCUGGCGCGUCGAGAUGCGAGCAUCCAGAAGCUCCAGCGAGAUCUGCUCACGUCUCAUCAGGCCCGCGAUACCCAGAGUGCUCAGCUGGACGUCCAGGAGCAGAGGCUGUGGGAGCUGCAGAGGGAGCUGCAGGAGAAGCAGCAGGAGCUGCAGCGAGGACACGACCGCCUGCAGCAGCUCCGCACCGAGCUCCAGAGCACGAGCAGGAACGCUCACGAGCUGCAGGGUCAGCUACGUGAGGCGAGAACGCGUCUGGUCCAGGUGGAGGCUGAGAAUGAAGCGCUGCUGGGAUACAAACACCUGCAUACAUGCGAGGAGGAGAAGCUCAGUCAUGAUCCGUCAUCCAUACAGAGAGGAGCUGAAGAAGAGCAGGACCCUCAGAGGAAGAUCAGGGAGCUUCAGGAUGAGCUCUCAGCCACUCGCACUCGGCUCGGCGCCUGCCAGGACGCGGCACAGGAGGACCAAAAGAGGGCUGAUGAACAGAUCCAGCAGCUGCAGCAGGAGGUGUCCAGGCUGAAUCUGCAGCAUCGAUGCAUCAAUCAGCAACUGCAGGAGCGCACCGUGGAGCUGCGGAGUCUCCAGAAGGCCCACGCCGAGCUGCAGGUCCGAGACAGCGCGUGCCAGAGAGAGCUGAGGCGAAUCAGAGAGGAGCUGCACAACGCCACCCUGAGGGCAGAAGAAGAGCGUCUGAAAGAAGUCCAGAUUGAUGAGCUCCAGCGAGAGGUUGACAGGAUGCUGGCCCUGCUGGAGAGAGACAGGGAGGACGGCAGUCAGACGGAGGAGUUGGAGACGCUGAGGGACGAACAGCUGCAACUCAAGGACAAGCUUGACGAGCGUGAGGACCGCGUGGCCGCUCUGAGCCUGGAGGCGGAGUCUCUGAGACAGAAAGUUCGGACCCGAGACCAGGAGGCGGCCGACCUCUGCCUGCAGCUCGUCACCUCCCAGGAUGCACUGCAGCGGGUGACCGCCGAGCUGAAGAGCUGCCGGAGAGAGCUGAGAGAGUGGGAGACGCAGAGACGUGGACACGAGCAGAGACAGGAGGAGCUGAAGGCUGAGCUGAACCAGCUGCAGCACCAGUACACCACCUGUUACUCACAGCUGGAGGAAGAAGAAGCUAUGGUGUCCAGGUUGAGGGCGGAGCUGCAGCAGGCUGAAGGACAGAGGGACACACUGCUGUCUCAGCUACAGGAGCAGCACCAUCAGCUCCGUGUGCUCACAGAGAGACAGCACAGCGCACAGCAGCAGGUGGCCUGCAGAGACGAGGCCGUGCUGAAGUUAACCGCUGAGCUGAGCGCCGCACAGGAGCUUCUGAUCUCCGCGCACAACGAGCUCGCAGGCCAGGUUCAGGAGGUAAAGACUAAAGCUGAGGAGGUCACGACCCUGGAGGAGGAAGUGAGAAGGUUACAGACGCUCCUGACUCGGAGGGAGGAGACACUCGAGGAGGAAAAACGCAAAAGCCUUCAGCUCCAGUUAGAAAAGGACGAUCUUCACACACAGUGCGAGAGCCAGCGGGGGGCGCUGUGCCAACUCCGUGCCGAGGUACAGAAGGGUCAGCAGGAGGCGCAGGGCCGUACGGAGAGCCAGGAGAAGGAGGUGCAGGGGUUGAGGAGCGAGCUGCGGGAGGAGCGGAGUCGCCUGCUUCAGCACGGAGCCGACCUGGAGCGCCUGCAGCGAGAGAUAGAGUCGGCGCGGAGGCAGCAGAGAGACGCAGAGGACGAGGUCUCCCGUAAGGAAGCAGCUCUCCGCUCUCAGGACUCAGAGCUGACUCAGCUGAAGGCGGAUCUACUGGAGGCUAGCAGCGCAGCGGCGGACGCGGAGGCCCGGGCGCGGCCCCUCAGCGAGUCGGCGCAGAUUUACAAGCAGAAAUACCAGACGUGUGUGAGCAAGAUGGCAGAGCUGGAACGCGCGCUGCAGAGCCGCGAGGACGACCGCAGGCAGAGCACCGCUCAGGUGUUAGAGCGAGAGGAGCAGGUGGCGCGUCUGCAGACGGAGGUCGCGGCUCUGCGGCGUGACGUGGAGGCCCGCUGCGUUCAGCUGGAGAGCGGAGACGAAGCCCUGACCGUCCUGAGCCGACGACUGAGAGAGGCGCAGAGGGAGCUGGAGAUAAGCCACGCCCACGCGCAGGAGCGCGAUCUGGUGAUGGACACGCUCCGAGACAACGUGGCCGUCCUGCGCAGUCAGGUGGAGGAGAGGGACGAGUGUGUGCUGAAGCUCCAGUCUGAUUUCUCUCUCUACAGAGCCACUCACACACACUCCGAGUCGGACUACCAGUCCCAAGUCUGUCGCAUCCACGAGCUGGAACAGGCGCUGUCCCAGGCCCUGGAGCGCUCCGGAACCUGUCACUCAGAGCUGGAGAAGUUCAGAGAGGAAGCCCAGGCGCAGAAGCAGCUGAGAGACGGCAGCCUGGCUGAGAUGCGGAGGCUGCAGGAGUUGAUGAGGAAGCUCCAGGCUGAUGCUGCGUGCGAGGCUCAGAGCAGACAGGCUGACGUGGACACUCUGGAGCUCAGAGUCACCGAACUGGAGGAACAACUAGAGGCAGCUCGAAGGCAGUGUGUACAGAAAGAGCAGGCCGUGCAGAAGCGCGACGCGCUCCUGAGGCAGUCGGAGGCAGACCUGGUCCAGGCGCGGGAGAAGAUCCGAGGCAAGGCGGCGGAGGCGGAGAGGCACAUCGCCACCGCGCAGGCUCUACAGACGGACCUCCGGCAGGCCAAGAAAGAGAAGAGAGAGAAGGAGAACGAGUGCGGGAAGCUGCGCACACAGCUGCUGCAGAUGCGCGAGGAGCUGAAGGAGACCCGGAGCGGCUGCAGAGACAACGCACAGGAACAGGCUCGUCUUGAGGAGAAGGUGCUGCUUCUGGAAGGCGGGCAUCAGCGGGCGCAGGAGCAGCUGGCAGAGCGGGUAGCCGAGGUGGUCCGGUCCGAGCAGACCCAGAGGAGGCUCACCGCCGAGCUCAGGAGAGUCCAGGAGAGACUGGAAUCUCGCGAACAGGAGCUCCAUGACUGCAGGACCCAGAUGGAGCAGGUGAAGCUGGAGGCUGGGAGCAGCAGGCAGGCACUGCUCAGCGCCCAGCAGGAGGCGCUACGGCUGCAGCAGGAGAACCAGGAGCUCCAGGAGGAGUUGAGUAGCAGCAAAGCAGGCGUUAAACACAUGCAGGAGCAGCUGAAGGAACACUCUGCGACGGCUCAGUCUCUGCGUGUGGAGCUGGCACAGGAACAGGCCCGGCAGCAGGAACAGCUGGACUGGGUACAGAGGACACGUCAAAGAGAGGACAGUCUGGAGACUGAGCGAGAUCAGUUCAGGACUGACCUGGAAACUGUCCGAAAUCAGCUGCAGGAGCAUGUGUGUGAGUUACGCAGCGCCACCCUCAGGCUUCAGGAGAGAGACGCUCGCGUCGAGACUCUCGGCCAAGAGUUGGCCGAGCGUACUCAGGAGACGACCCGCCUGCAGCAGCGGCUGAUCCAGCAGGAAGCGAGGAACGCAGAGCUGAGUACAGAGCUGCAGGAGCUGCGCAGUCAGAGCCGCCUCUCUCAGGACGAGACUCGGGCGUACGAGGGGCGUCUGGCCGAGUUAAACGGACAGCUGGCGCGCGCUCAGCUCUGGGGUCAGCAGCAGCUCGUCACCCUGCAGUCCAGUGAGGAGGAGCUGGUGCUCCUGAAGGUCGAGGUGGCCUCCCUUAGAGAGAACUACCGCUCCAAAAUAGCUCAGAUGGAAACCUUACACACCGAGCUGGACUCUGUAGAACAGAGGUACAGGGCCGCGGCGAGUGAGGCGGAGGUGUUGAGGCAGGCGCUGAGCGACGCCCGCACCGACAGUUCCCGUCUGCACCGCGAGAGCGAGCUGGUGGUCACCAACGUCAACCAGUGGGUCAAAGAGCAAAAGCAGGCGGACGAGAAGCUCGGACUCAGAAUCAGAGACCAGAGCAAGAAGAUCAUCCACCUCACGGCUGAAAAAGAUCAUCUGCAGGAGAACGUAGAGAAGCUGCAGGCGGAGAUCCGGAGACUCAGGACAGAGCUCGAUGAGCAAAGGAUGGAGACCGAGAGAUGCAAGGCGUUUCAGUCCCAGAACGUCGGUGAGCAGCUGCGCAGUCGUCAGCCUUCUGCACUAUCGGGAAUCUUCAGCCGUCAGCAUGAGAGCGUGAGCAGGGAUGAGUCUCUGGCGGUGCGGCUGGAGCAGAGCUGAGGCGCGCGUCUGCCCCGCCCGGCUCCGGUUUUACUGCAGAAGUGGGACCAGCGAGUGGCUCGGAGGGCACUGGAGAGAAGGGACCCUAAGUAGGGCACAUGUCCCGGAGUGUAACCCCACAGCUGUCCGGUGUCUCAGGGAUCCUCUGUGACGUUCUGCGAGACUGUUUGUUCACAGCAGUGCAGGAUUGAUGGAGCAAAUCUCAGAACAGAACUGAUGGAGAAUUUGCUUUGUUUAGACCUCCAUUUAUUUCAUAAACCUGUUAAACUUGAAUAAUAUCGUGACACUGUGAUAGAUGCCGUGUGAUACGAGAUGAUGGCGAUUUUCUACCGCGGAGUAAACGAGCGCAGUUUUCAUUUUUCAGAACGACAGGCGCCGAGUGUCAGAGUGCGUUAAUCAUCCUGAAAGUUGUUUUGCUCGGAGGUAAGCGAAGACUUGCGAGGCGUUAUUGCAGCUCUCUGCGUGUUUGUUCGUCGCCGUGAUAUUUAAUAUAUUUUUUUUUUUUUUUUUUUUUUUGACAUUUCAGCAUUUGUCGUAAAUUUCUCAGAGGCUUUCGAAUGAAAACUUUUAAAACCUGGAGGGGUUGAACACCUUUCGGAAAAACACAUCUAGCGCCUGUCUUAAUGUCUGAUCUUUUUUGUAUUCCUUUUUUUUUUUUGUGACUGCAGUGUAUAAAGUGUCACAUUACGGACAAAUCAUGUGAGCAAUAAUUAAAGCACCCUGUCUGCAGUGUCCCUGUCCCUGUGCGAGAGGUGCAACGCUGCGUUUAAUCCGGGACCGUCCCCAUACGCUCGCCGCGUGGCCUUCAAGCCGUAAUCUAUAAUCUCAACACGAGGAAAGCGUCUUGCUCUGCUCAGGCAAAAUCAAUAAACAUCAUUCCGUCUCAUCCAGCACUCGAUACGUAACACUUAAGGUGUCUGUGAAAAAUAAAGAAUACCAAUAAUGGAUAUUAAUGCCCUGAAAUUUCCCGAAGCACAGAGUUUAGGGCUAAUUCUGUCAUUCUGGUUACUGUCAGUCCUUUAAACCCACUUCGACUAGUGAGAAUAAAAUACUACUAAUAAUAAUAAUAAUAAUAAUGUGUUCGCCUUGAAUUUUGUAUGAAUGUCGCAUUUUGAAAUGAUUCCCUAUGAGGAAUAAAACACUUCACGCAGGAUGUGCAGUUAUAGAAAAAUAAUCAACAGUUGAUUUUCUAUAACAGAUGCACUGAUGUGUUUUAUUCCAGUGAUUUGCCAACGAUUGUCUUUUUUAGAGACGUACGUUUUGGCUCUUUAUAGUUAGAUUUAAAGUUGCUAAAAUAGUUUAGUUCCUGUUAAACUUUUAGUUCCCGCUCAUUAGCCUCUUCUUAUCUAAUAAUGUAUAUGAUAAUAAUAACAAGGCCAUGUGCUAUAUAAACAUCUCCU